AUGCAAGCUCAAGCAGCUGCUCUUGAUGUCGUAGCUAAGUUUGGCGCAAAGGCUGACUUAAAUAUAGAUUUGACCAAUGUUGGAUGCUUGGAAAGAAUCUUGUGGUUCAACAACUCCAAUACAAUUUUGAUUACUGAAGGGACAUAUUUGUUAAGUCAAGAAACGCUGGAAGGUCCUUGCAAGGCUCCUAUUGAGCUUCAACUUGAGGGAAAUGUAAAAGCACCAGCUGAUCCUAAAGCUUUCAAGGAGCCUAAAUGGAAUGUAAGGUUUGAUUUUUUAACCAAUGCAAUGGUACAAGGUACAACUCUCAAAGAUAGCAAACAGUUCCACGCUAAUGUUUUGGGAUGCAAAAACAUUACUUUCGAACAUGUCACUGUAUCCGCACCUAAAGAUAGCCCAAACACAGAUGGGAUUCACAUCGGGAGAUCAGAUGGGGUUAAAAUUAUAGACACGGAUAUCAAAACUGGUGAUGAUUGUAUUUCAAUUGGGGAUGGUGCAAAAAACCUAGACAUCACGGGAGUAACUUGUGGACCUGGACAUGGCAUCAGUAUCGGUAGUCUUGGAAAGUUUGCAAAUGAAGAACCUGUUGAAGGAAUUAAAGUGUCGAAGUGUACGUUGACUGAUACUUCGAAUGGUGUUAGAAUCAAGACAUGGGCAGGUAAAUUUCCUGGCACAGCAUCAUAUAUGCAUUUUGAGGAUAUCACCGUGAAGAAUGUUAGUUGUCCCGUCCUGAUUGACCAGAAAUACUGCCCAUGGAAUAAAUGUAAAAUGGAUGCUGAAUCGAAUGUUAAACUAAGCAACAUCAGCUUCAAGAACAUUCAUGGUACGGAUGCGCUUCCAGAAGUUGUCAAACUCGUUUGCAGUUGUAUUUUUCCAUGCGAAAAUGUAGAACUCGCCGACAUUGACAUUACGUUUAGUGGACCGGAUGGACCUGCAAAAUCCGAAUGUAAAAAUGUUAAACCAAAAGUUACUGGAAAACAAAAUCCGGUUGCAUGUUCUACCCCCGUACCAGCAAACCCUACCCCUACGGUUUAA